AAGGGCGAGAAUUGAACCAGACGAUCUCACCAUGGUCGUCCAUGGGAUUUUGGGAGUGGCAUUGCUCGUUUUUACUACAAAUCAAGAUGUGACUGCUCAAAGUAUCAACAAUUAUAUUCCGUAUUAUGAGAAGCCGACAUAUAAUUGCACCAUCCCAAGAGUGGUUCAAGGUGAAUGGUACUCCAGAGAAAAGAAUCUGGAUACAGUCACCAUCAUCGACGCCUCUCAAAUGCAACGAAGGGGUAUUUGUGUGGAGCACGAGACGGAUUACACGGGAAAAUACACAUUCUUGUUCUCCGAGAACCCCAAAGACAGGAGCUUGUGCUACCAUUGUGUACGGAUUUAUGUCCGAACCGUGAAUAUCCUGGAAAAACGAGAGACUGGAUGCGUAAAUCUUCCGAGUUCCGAGGAACCCACGUUAGAGAAUGUCUGCAGUAGACUCAAUCCACUUUCCCAAAUCAUCACUCUCUUUGCCGAGAACUACACGCCCAUCAACUGCCGAUCGUCGCUGGAAGGAGUGUUCCAUUUUGCUUAUCAGAAUCGCUUCUCCUUCACUGGGGAAUGUCGUCACCCUGAGCAACAGAUUCACAGUUGCCAGGAUGUGGGCUCUCAGUUCUUGAUUGCCAACCAGAAAUUCAAUCUGACCUAUCGAAAAUGCGAGGGCAUGUCUUGGACAUUUGAUGGAGUGGUGGAGUAUAGUUGCCUCGGCGAUUGGUUUGUUGGUAAAGAUCACUUUUUCGCUGUGGCAAAUACCAAAGAAUCGAGGAAAGACGAGAAGUUCCGAUGCUUUUUGAAAAACAGGGAGGACGAUUACUAUUUGGGAGCAUCCAUUACACCGGAGUGCAAUGUUUUAAAAACAAUUGAAAAGUCUCCAGAGCGAUACCGGCUCAAACCCGUUCGAUCUCAAACUGUGGAGCCAGGAUGUCUCCUUCCCGAAAAUUUCACUGGAGAGUGGAUCAACACUGCCAAUAUCGAUGCUGAUGUGUGGAUCAAUUCCACGCAUAUCGUGGAGACUUGGCAUCCCGAUGUGAGCCGUUGGCGAAAGGCCAUUUACAUUUGUAUGGAACAAAGGGAUUCCCGCUUUAUGAUGGCUCGGCUCACAAUCGAUGGAUGUCAAGUGGACUAUCAGUGUUUUGACUUUGUUCCACGGCAUCACAAUGUCAUCCGAUUUCGCAAAGGAGUGGCCAUGAUCAUGAAUGACUUCCAUACCGUGUGCUCGUGGGUCCAGUUUAAAAAUGAUGUUCGGUGGAAAUACGACCUAAUGUUGAGAAAGGAUCCGGUUCCAAUUAGGUGUCCAGUGGCCGGGGCCUUCAACUUCACCCAGCAGGGCGAUUUCCAGUUCCAGACUCGGAUUUUGGGUGGUAUAACCAAAGAUCCGCGCCACGACGUUUGGGGUCGGACCGGCCAGUUUUCGUGCAAGCAAAACAUCUCCAGAUUGGCCGUUUGUGACACGGACCAAAAAGAGAUCACGAUUGAUGAGACCUACUGCUGGUCUACAGAUCACUUGGGUCGACCUAUUGAUAUAUAUUCUGAAGCGGAUUAUCGUAUGCAGUGCAUUGGCUACUGGAAGGAGAAUCUGAAGUCGUAUUUGAUCACUUACGAUCAACUUGAUGCUUUUACCAAGUACAGGUGUUGGGUUUAUCAAAGAGCCGACUUGAACAAAAUGCUCAUGUCCAUGUCUGUGGGCCCGUAUUGCGAUUUGGCGCAAGAUGUUGAUAGUGGAAACUGGACGGAAGGAGCGGUGGUCAGCCUGGUGAUGGACGAGAAUGAGCGUGAAUUUGAUCGAUGUCCCAUGUAUUUCAACGAUGGCGAGGAUCCAUGGAAGGUCGAGGAAAAUCACAUUAGAGUCUUCAACUUUAAUGACGAGAGUUCUGGGGCCAACUUGACUGGUUCCAUUAUUUUGAUUGUGGCCUUGGCUUUGGGCGCAUCUCAAAUCAAAUGACUCCAAUACCGAGUUUUGGCUUUCACCACGAUCUUAAAGCUUCUCAGAAAGCGGGCAUUCCACGGAUGUGUUUGUGUGUGAACAGAUCAUUGUUCAUUUCGAGAGGGUAAUUCUUUCAUCCCUAAACAUAGAGUUGUUUACUGGCUCUGCAUGAUACAAAAAUAAAGAUUAUCUUGUAUGACGUGA